AUGGGCCUCCUCUCCUGGAUCGGCCUCCGUCGCCGCAAUCAGUGGGAGCCCAUGACUCUCAUCGACCACUUCCUCUCAUCACCUCUAACAUAUCUUUCCUUUCUAUUCUACCACAUUGUCCUCCUCCUCCGCGGUCGUCCUUUUCUUCCGCCCCGCGACAAGUCCGCCAUCCGCGUUGUCUGCAUCUCCGACACGCAUGAUCUCAAGGUCGACAUCCCUGACGGUGAUAUUCUCAUCCACGCGGGUGAUCUCACAGACUCCGGGACUGUCACAGACAUUCAGAAGCAGCUCGAUUGGCUUCGCGAACAGCCUCACGCCGUCAAAGUUGUUGUCGCGGGUAAUCAUGAUAGCUGGUUUGAUCAGAAAAGCCGUGUCGAGGAGGAUGCGCGGUCAGGUGCUAAGCCCAACAUGGAGGGCCUCGUUUAUCUUGAGAGCGGCUUAACGGUGCAAAAGAUCAAGGGUCGAACGGUCAACAUCUUUGGUGUGCCUGAUAUCCCAAGUAUUGGCCCCAAGGAGUUUGCCUUUCAAUAUGCUCAAGAUAAACAUCCCUGGCUUAGCAAGGUACCCCCUCAGACUGACAUUCUCGUCACCCAUUGCCCUCCCAAACAUCAUCUCGACCUAGGCCUUGGCGACGAUAAUCUCCUCCGUGAAGUCUGGCGCGUAAAGCCCCGUCUGCACGUCUUCGGCCACGUCCAUUACGCCUACGGUAAAGAAUCCGUCUUCUUCGACGGUUUCCAGGAGACAUACGAACGUAUCAUGUCGCGUCCGCGCCGUGGUCCAAUUCGAGAUUUCAUCCCUAACGAGGCUUGGCUUGAUUAUUUGCGGUUCCUGGCCCAAGGGCUUCACAGCGUGGCAUGGAAGUGGCUCAUGUCAGGACCUGGAAGUAACAACGGUAGUUUGAUGGUUAAUGCUGCGCAGAUGAUUGGAAACUCGGGCAAGGCAAAAAGCAGGGCCGUUGUUGUUGAGAUUUAG